AUGCCGACAAGUUUGUUCAGCGAAAUGGACCGCGGAGCAAAUGGCGGUGGUACCGCUUCCCUCGAGGAUCAACGAGCCCUGCAAUUGGCGUUAGAAUUAUCGAUGCUCGGCCUCGAGGGUACUCCCGGAUGCCCGGGCACCGGCACAGGAACCGGCACCGGAACGGUCAACGAUCCGGAUCCCUUGCAAACGACACCAGCAGGCGUUUUCGAGGAGGCACGUUCGAAGAAGAGCCAGAAUAUGACCGAGUGUGUGCCGGUGCCUAGCAGCGAGCACGUGGCAGAGAUCGUCGGCCGACAAGGUUGUAAAAUCAAAGCACUCCGAGCGAAGACCAACACUUACAUCAAGACCCCUGUCCGCGGGGAGGAGCCGGUGUUCGUGGUAACUGGCCGCAAGGAGGACGUGGCCCGUGCGAAGCGCGAGAUCCUCUCCGCCGCGGAGCACUUCUCUCAGAUCCGCGCGUCACGCAAGAGCUCGUUGGGCGCGCUGUUGGGUGCACCUCCUGGACCCCCAGCAUCGGUGCCUGGCCACGUGACGAUUCAGGUACGAGUCCCGUACAGAGUAGUGGGCCUGGUGGUAGGACCGAAGGGAGCGACUAUCAAAAGAAUCCAACAUCAGACGCACACCUACAUAGUGACACCGAGUCGCGACAAAGAGCCUGUUUUCGAGGUGACUGGACUACCGGAGAGCGUGGAAGCAGCGAGACGUGAGAUCGAGGCGCAUAUAGCCCUACGAACUGGGACAGGAACAAGCCUCGACGAUGCCGAGCUGUUGAGCGUGCUGUGUCGCGGUGGUCUAGGCUCGAUUCUAGGCUGCCUGGACGCACCAGGCUCGAACGGCUCCAACGGAUCGAGCGGUGCGUUCUCCAGCAGCGGUAGUUGCAGCAGCUCCUCCAGUAGUUCCGGUGCACCUGGAUUGAACGAUCUCGUCGCUAUUUGGGGCGCUGGAAUGGAGAGGGACGAGGGUCUAGGCGAGUCACCGUCUUUCGAGUCACAGACAGUGUCCGCUUCGUCUAUCUGGUCGUUCCCCGGUGUCGCGCUACCCUCGAGGCCGUCACCGCCAGCAUCAGCCAGUCCUACGUCACCCACGGACUCGCUGUUAGGAAGCGGACGACGGGAAUGCGUGGUCUGCGGCGACAAGGAGGUCACCGCUGCCCUCGUGCCAUGCGGACACAAUCACUUCUGCCUGGACUGCGGGAACCGGGUCUGCGAGAGCUCCGAUCCUAGCUGCCCGGUUUGCUCCAGGCCCGUGUUACAGGCCCUUCGUAUCUUCUCUUAAGCACCGACACGAGGAGCCACGACGACACACCACGAGAGAGAGACAGAUCAUCCUUCAUCGAGGCUCCACUCGCGUCGCCACCACCUGGUACAGCGGCUGUAUACCGAUUCUCAACCGAUUCACCAUGUUAAUAUCUGCUCUUCAGGACAACCGUUUUUAUGGCGGCUCAUCCAGGAACGACGGCGAAGGGAGAAAGCCCACAGCAUCACCAACACCACCAC